GACGGCCGCGGCGUCCUCGCCGCUCUUCGCUCGCCCACGGCAGCCGGGCCCUCGCCCAGUCCCACGCCUGGUCCCCCACGGCGGCGCGCGCGGCCAGGUUGGGCGGGGCGGUUCCGGGGAUGAGGAGGCGGCGGCGAGCCGAGACGAUGCUCCGGAGCUGAAGAGACGCCGGCACACGGCGCGGCGGCCGAGCGUAGCGCCGACCCGCGGGAUGGCUCAGCCGGCGGCCCCGGCGGGCGGCGGGGAGCCCCGGGCGCAGCCGGCGGGCGGCGAGGGGCCUCCGGACUCCGGGGCGGCUGGCGGCCCGCCGGACGCGCUGAGCCUGGAGGAAAUCCUGCGGCUCUACAACCAGCCCAUCAACGAGGAGCAGGCGUGGGCCGUGUGCUACCAGUGCUGCGGCUCCCUGCGCGCCGCGGACGCCGGCCGCCGCCAGCCUCGUCGCCGCGUGCGCUCAGCCGCGCAGAUCCGCGUCUGGAGGGACGGCACCGUCACCCUGGCAUCCGACGACGCGGGAGAGCCGCCCCCCGCCACGGGUAAAUUGGGAUACUCACACUGUACUGAAACAGAGACAGUUGGCCACCUUACUAUUGACAGAACAUUCCAGGUUAUUGAAUCUCUGGGAAUUGUUAUUUAUAAAGCACUGGACUAUGGUUUGAAGGAGAAUGAAGAAAGGGAGUUAAGCCCCCCUCUGGAGCAGCUCAUUGAUCACAUGGCCAAUACAGUGGAAGCUGAUGGCAGCAACGAUGAAGGCUAUGAGGCUGCAGAUGAAGGCCUGGAAGAUGAAGAAGAUGAAAAGAGAAAAGUUUCAGCCAUCCGGUCAUAUAGAGAUGUCAUGAAGUUAUGUGCUGCUCAUCUUCCAACUGAAUCAGAGGCACCAAAUCAUUAUCAGGCAGUAUGUCGUGCACUGUUUGCAGAAACAAUGGAACUGCAUACGUUUCUGACUAAAAUUAAGAGUGCAAAGGAGAAUCUUAAGAAGAUUCAAGAAAUGGAAAAAAGUGAUGAAUCCAGCACAGACCUGGAAGAGCUGAAAAACGCUGACUGGGCUCGAUUCUGGGUUCAGGUGAUGAGGGAUUUGCGGAAUGGAGUAAAACUUAAGAAGGUCCAAGAGCGACAGUACAACCCUUUGCCCAUUGAAUAUCAGCUCACCCCUUAUGAGAUGCUAAUGGACGAUAUUCGAUCCAAAAGAUACACUUUGCGAAAAGUCAUGGUCAACGGUGAUAUUCCCCCUCGGUUAAAAAAAAGUGCUCAUGAAAUCAUCCUGGACUUCAUCAGAUCAAGACCCCCUUUAAAUCCGGUCUCAGCCAGAAAACUGAAACCCACUCCACCACGGCCACGGAGCCUCCAUGAAAGAAUCUUAGAAGAAAUCAAAGCAGAAAGAAAGCUGCGGCCCGUCUCACCAGAGGAGAUUAGACGCAGCAGAUUAGCAAUGCGGCCACUUAGCAUGUCUUACAGUUUUGACUUGUCAGAUGUAACUACCCCUGAAUCUCCAAAGAAUGCUGCGGAAUCAUCGAUGGUGAAUGGAGGUUUAACAUCACAAACGAAAGAAAAUGGGUUGAGUGCGGCACAGCACAUGCCUUUGCAGCGGAAGAAACUCCUUAAAGCCCCAACCCUGGCUGAGCUGGACAGCUCUGACUCCGAGGAGGAAACUCUACACAAGUCAACCAGCAGCAGCAGUGUGUCUCCCUCCUUCCUUGAAGAUCCCUUAGUAGAGGCUGUGUCCACAAGGAAGAAGCCUCCAAAAUUCUUGCCCAUAUCAUCAACACCCCAGCCAGAGAGACGGCAGCCACCCCAGAGACGACAUUCUAUUGAAAAGGAAACACCCACUAAUGUAAGACAGUUUCUGCCACCGUCCAAGCAGAGCUCCCGAUCUCUUGUUCCUAGGAUAACCAGUGUUUGGCCAAGGACGCCUUUCCGACCACUUUUUUCUACCAUACAAACAGCUUCUCUGCUCAGCUCUCAUCCUUUUGAAGCAGCCAUGUUUGGGGUAGCAGGGGCUAUGUAUUAUCUAUGUGAGAGAGCUUUUACCAGCAGGUGGAAAUCCUCAAAGGAGGAAUUCUGCUAUCCAGUGGAAUGCCUAGCUCUCACUGUGGAGGAAGUAAUGCAUAUUCGUCAGGUCCUGGUGAAGGCAGAGCUGGAAAAGUACCAACAGUAUAAAGAUGUCUACACCGCCCUGAAAAAAGGAAAGCUCUGCUUUUGUUGCCGAACCAGGAGAUUUUCCUUCUUCACCUGGUCUUAUACCUGUCAGUUCUGUAAGAGGCCGGUGUGUUCCCAGUGUUGCAAAAAGAUGCGGCUGCCCUCCAAACCAUACUCCACUCUUCCCAUCUUUUCAUUGGGACCUUCUGCCUUGCAAAGAGGGGAAAGUUGCAUGAGGCCAGAAAAGCCCACCCCUGGCCACCAUCGGCCACUCCGGAGCAUUGCCAGGUUCUCCUCAAAAUCUAAGUCUGUGGACAAAUCCGAUGAAGAGCUACAGUUUCCCAAAGAGCUGAUGGAGGACUGGAGUACUAUGGAGGUGUGUGUAGACUGCAAAAAGUUUAUUUCGGAAAUCAUCAGUUCCAGCCGGCGCAGCCUGGUGUUGGCCAACAAAAGAGCCCGAUUAAAAAGGAAAACACAGUCUUUCUACAUGUCCUCACCAGGCACCUCGGAGUACUGCCCUUCAGAGAGGACUAUCAAUGAAAUCUGAGCCUGUGCCUUUCAGUUGCUUUGUGUUCCGAGUUGGCACCAGCGCGGGAGAACACUGAGCUGGACCGUCUCUCCUUGCCGUGGUCUUAGUUCAUAGGCUUGAAUUUGCAUUAGAUCAGGUUUUUGCUGCCUCACGUUGUUCCACAGACUGAAUGCUGUGUUCCUAUCGAUCGACGAUACGUGACAGGUCAGCCAAUCGCUCGUUUGCACUGAGAGAGAACAAUAGCUUGAAACUUGCUUCCAUGUGUGUGCGUGCGGAUCUGGAGGCCAGAGACUUUUUCCUUAGUUCAGUUCCUUACUGUUCCUCAGAUCGUUUCCCGACUAAGGCAAAAAGCUUCUCCCAGGAGAAAUCAGCCUCACAAAGGUGUCGAUGUUCGCACAGUUCUACGCAGUAAGUCAUAUUGGCACUUCCGCCCGACAGCGUUCCUGCCUAACGCACACAGUGGCCGGGCCCUGCCACAUACCGGGUACCUGGAGUCGCCGGGCCAGGCUGUGUAUCAUCUCAUGGCACAAAACCUGGAAGGAUUUGCUCCUGCUAUCAAACUGAUUUUAAAUUAUUGUUGCUCUGAGCUAAAGACUACAGGAGGGACUUCAUGCCUGCAUUCUAGUGCAAAACAUCUGGAUAAGCUGUACACCCCAGUGGGGAACCAUUUCCUCUGAGCUGCUGUGUUCACCCCAGUGCAAUGGAUGGGUGUCCCCUGAGUGGGUGACAGGUUUUCGUCCCCUAUCUUGAAUGGAUUAUGGUUCCUUGUAGUUUUGUAACAGAGGUCUAAGAAUUAAAGUUCUGUGGGAGUUUCAGGA